GUUCAUUUAGCAUUAGUCGACUUGGAGAAGAAGUAGAAAGCAAGACUUAGAGAAGAAGUAGCGUGCGAGAGAAGAGUCGUCAAAAUCUGACUGUGCCAGCUAGAGGCGCCAAAAGCAUCUCCCUCUGAUUUUUUUGUUUGUUUGUUUGUGUAUUUUAUUAUUUUCCCUGUUUCGUUCCAGACGAAAAAACCCACUCAUUUUCCCCCUUUAAAUAUCGCAAACUUUAAUGCCCCCUUCACAUUUCUUCAAACGCUCUCAGUUCCAGUUUACCUGGAAUGGAAGCAUCUGGCUCGAAUGUACCAAAGUGUGACGAUGAAGAGAAAGCAUUGAAGGGUUUGCUCGAUGCAUUUAGUUCUACAUUUUCUCUUGAUGAAAUAGCUUCUGCUUAUUGCAAGGCAGGCCGUAAUGCAGAUUUGGCUGCUGAGGUUCUGUUUGACAUACAGGGUAGUACCUCUACAUCUGCUACUUAUGCCUCUAAUGGUGAGGCAAAGGGUGAAGAAUCUUUGGAAUUUUCCUCUGGUAACUUUUCUGAGAAGUUGGGUCAAGCAAGUGGAAAUUCUAGAGCUUCAAAGCCGAAAAGCCGAUCAGUUUCCGGAGGAACUGUUUCAAGCAUUAUCGGUAAAGAUUAUAUCAGGUCCACCCCAUCAGCAAAUGGGUCUUAUAAGGUGAGCAAACCAAUCAAAAAGGUCUGGAGAUUGGUACAGAUGUCUGAGCUUUCAGAAGUUGAAGCUAAGUCAGGAUCUCCGAAGGAUGAUCCAAGGCACCAGGACAUUGAAGAUUUGUCUGCUGAGGUUCUGUUUGACAUGCAGGGUAGUACCUCUACAUCUGUUACUUAUGCAUCGAAUGGUGAGGCAAAGGGUGAAGAAUCUUCGGAAUCUUCCUUCGGUAACUUUUCUGAGAAGUUGGUUCAAGCAAGUGGAAAUUCUAGAGCUUCAAAGCCAAAAAGUUCUUCAGCCAUUCUCGGUAAAGAUUAUAUGGACCCAUCAACACAAGGGUCUUGCAAGGUAAGCAAACCAAUCUUGAGAGUGGUACCAAUGUCUAAGCCUUCGGAAGUUGAAGCUCAGUCCAGUUCUCCGAAGAAUGGUCCAAUGCGCAAGGAAAUGGUAGAUUUUCUUUUCAGAAUGCUUGGAGAUGAGUUCAAGCUGGAUAGGGAUGUGAUUCAACAAGUUCUUGAUUAUUGUGAAUAUGAUAUGCAAAAGAGCAUGGACAAACUACUCGAUCUAGCAGGGAUGACUUUAGACAAAGGGAACAAUUUUGUUGGUGAAUCUACCGAAAAGUUUACAGAUACGAGUCCAAAAGCUGAAGUACCUUCACAUGAAAGAAAGAUGCAAUACAUAAAUCAUCCUGGAAGCAAUGGAAAUGGGGUAGAGCCAUUUGUACAACUCAAAGAGAAAAAUGAUCUCCAGAAAGAAGUUUUGGUUGCCUUAUUUAAUGCUCCUGAGAGUCGUGAUGAGUUUCCUAGAAGAAGAACAAAGGCAGUGAAGAGAUCUGCAGCAGUUGAGCAAGUGGUGGAUGGACUUCCAGUGGACUUUAACAUAGAUGAAAAGAAAACAGUGAUGUACUUGCAGAAAGAUAACGAGGAUGAUGAGGAUGAAGGGGAUGGCUAUCAGGUUCUUCGUAGAGCUGUGAAGCAGUAUUGGGGCACCAUGAAAGAAUAUUAUCAAGCGGCCGUUGAUGCAUUUGCUAAGAGGGAUCACGUACGAGCAGCAAAACUUCUAGAACAGGCAUAUUUUUUUCACAAAAAGGCUCGUGAAGCAGAUGAAGAAUCUAAUAGAAUAAUUUUAGAAUCUGGAAAUGUAGAGGAACAAGAUGAAAUGUUGCUCGACUUGCAUGACACUGGUGCCAAGGAGGCGGUACGUCUUCUGAAAUGUCAUCUAUCUUCACUCUCGGGCAUCCCAUCAAUCAAGCACCUUAAGGUCAUCAUUGAGGCAAAUGAUCAAGAUAUUACCAAACGAUCUUGUAGACAACUGGUUAUGAAGCUAUUGGAGAAGGAAUCCAUUAAGUGGACUGAAGAAGGAAAUGCUGGAACAAUCCUAAUCCGCUUGGAUAGUAUCAACAGAAAACAUUUGAGUUUUGUCAAAAAAUAAUGUGGAUCAUAGAGUCAAGUUGAUAUCUCUAAAACCCAUCCACUGACACAAGGUAAAAUUAUCAAUUAUCGAAUGGAGAACCACCAUAAGCAAUAUAAAGGUCAAAUAAAUAAAUAAAAAUGGUACGGUUUGAAGGCUUUAGAAGUUUGUUGCUGUCUAGUUCUUUGUAGGUCAUAAUUUGUAUCAAAACUUUGCAUAUUUUUUGGCUUCCUAUUGUAUUUAAACUGAAUGAGUUGAAUUUGAAGAAGCAAAGGAAUUGAACAACCGAUGCAUAACUGAGUGCAUACAUUCUUUAGAAAACUUAUGAAGGGUCAAGCAUGAAAGUGGAAGGGAAGUAAACAAUGUGGAGUAGAAGUUUUGAAAUGUGAUGACUUUGUUUCAUUGUGGUUUAUAGCCUAUUUUUCUUUGGAUUUUUAGUA